AUGGCCGGAGUUGACAGUAACCCGAAAACUCACCCAUAUGAGCCUGCUCAGGUUUCCGAAGUAGACUCCGAGCCACAGACUGCGACCACAACUGAGUAUAAGCGCCAUCCAGUGUACUCCCCCAGCGAAUGGCUUUUGGAAUCGAUCAGUUCGAUUCUGGCCCUGGGCCUCCUCAUUGGCAUUGCCAUUAUCUUUUGGUAUAUGGACGACAAGCCUCUCUCUGCCUGGCGCGGCCGCAUCUCUCUCAACGCGACAAUUUCGAUUCUGACAACUGCAUACAUUACGGCGUUGAUGCAUGGGGUUAGCACAUUUAUUGGACAGUCUAAAUGGCUUCACUUCCAGAACGGGUCUCGCAAGCUUGCUGACUUUGAAAUAUUUGACGGAGCUAGUCGCGGUGUUUGGGGGUCUAUCCUGCUGCUUACCACCGUCAAGUGGAACCUAGCCACCAUCAGCGCAUUCAUCACGAUCUUGCGACUUACGUUAUCGCCAUUCGCACAACAGGUGGUUCUGAUUGAGCAGCGAGACAUCGUCUUUUCUGCCGACACCGCCACCUUCGGAUAUGCGCACAAUUACAGCCGGAAUAUACUGAAUAACCUGGUAAACUCUGGCAUCGGGAGCAUCCCGCAGGAUCCCGGUAUGCAGUCCUCCAUCAUCCGGGGCCUAUAUGGCAUCAACAUUGCAGAACCUUUCAAGUGCCCCGGGGCAUGUCGCUGGACGGGAUCAUACAUAUCACUUGGGUUCAAGGCCGAGUGCAGGAACGUCACCCAGGAAACAUUGCAAGUGGCCACCUGCGAGGGUAAAGAUAAUUCGCUGCGGCAAUGCAACAUGACAACACCAGGCGGAGUCGACCUUGCAACUCGCGCUUACUUUACCGAUUUGGCGACAACAUACUACAUGAAUGCAUCCUCACUGCUGAUGAGCACAUCAGCAACUAAGUUGCCUGAUACCUUUCCCGAAAUCACCCGGUUCGCAAUCUAUAGAUCGACCCCGGACAGCAAUUUUCGAAUUCAAGACAUCAACAUCACAGACUGCUCUCUCUCCAUCACGGCCUACCAAUACACGGAUGCCAAGGCCGAUGGUAGUGAUUUCUCCUUUGCGACCAAACGGGAGGUCGAUUUUGGCAUGAAGAAUCCCUGGAUGCUCGGGACCAAAGGAACCGAAAUGAAAUUCAAGAGCAUGUACACCAACGAGUCGACGAGUGGUGAUAUCCAUAUCCCGGCGCUCGAAAUGAGCUAUGCUAGUCUCGCUGCGGUGGAAACUUUAUUCGAGUCCACGACAAUAGCUACCGAGUGGGUCGCAGGGAACUUUGUCAAUACGAACCUCGGUGUCGCCGCUGCUCUAUCUGGCGACGUGGACAUUAGCAACCGGUUCGACAAAAUGGCGACUGCCAUGACGGACUAUCUGCGGUACGGUCCGAAUGCCCUGUCUGCACAUGGAGAGGUAGUUCAGAGCGAGCCGUUUGUUUUCAUCCGCUGGGGGUACUUCGUGGUUCCAAUUGUGACUGAAGGGUGCGCGAUUUUGUUCGCCAUCUUGAGUAUUUUUAGCAAUCGCCGGAGCCGCGUUCCCCUGUGGAAGUCUUCGACGCUUGCUGUGCUGGCUUGUCAGCGUGAAAAGCAGCGUGGGCUCCUACAGACUACGGGCAAGGACAUUAACGAGAUUAAGGACGAGGCUCAGAAGGCUAAGGUACGGCUGCAAUAG